AUGGGCGCAUUCGGCACGCUGGCGUGCGCUUCGGCGACAAUCCUCACAAUCGGCUCUCUCGCCACAAUGUGUCUAAUCGUUUCCGACAUUAACGGUCUCUAUCACGACGUGAUGGAGGAGUCGAGAACGACACGUACCGUAGCCGAUGACGCGUGGGCGGAGCUUCUCCGCAAAAACGGCGCUCCAGAAGCUUCGAGAGCCGCCGUGCAGGCAAUGCUGUUCGGUAGAAACAAGAGAAAUGCUCAGUGCAAUUGUGGAGCAAAGAGUCAAGGGUGUCCAGCAGGACCACCAGGACCACGCGGACCGAAUGGAGCUCCAGGACAAGACGGACCCGACGGGCUUGAUGGCCCUGACGGAGCACCUGGAUACGCUAGUGCAAUCAAGGAAAACUUUGGCGGAGCUUGCAUCGCGUGCCCAGCCGGACCAGCGGGGCCACCCGGACCAGAUGGGUGUGCCGGAGAGCCAGGACUCGACGGGGAGCCGGGACCAGACGGAAAGAACGGAUCGCCAGGAGCACCUGGGGAGCAAGGACCACAAGGACCAGCAGGACACGAUGGAAAGUCAGGAAGAGGGGGACCACGUGGACCACCGGGAGCUAAGGGACAAACCUACACCCCAGGAGCCGCCGGGCACCCAGGAAACAGUGGAAGACGUGGACCACCAGGACCCGCCGGACCAAAUGGAAAGAACGGAAAGCAGGGAGCCGAUGGAAUUCCGGGAGCCGGCGGAGCGCCAGGACAACACGGAAUUCCUGGAUUGGAUGGAGAGCCGGGAGCACCUGGAGAGGACGCAGUGCCUGGAACCGACGCGGCGUAUUGUCCAUGUCCAACCAGAUCGGUGGCUGUCGAGGCGACACCAGCGCAGACCGAACAGAUCUACAAGACUCAUUAG